UGUGUUUAUUUUAAUUUUUAACUUAGAUUAUUUAAUGUCUCUUCAGCAUGUUAAAGAAGUUGAGAAACAGAUCUUUUAGUACAAACAGGUUGAGAAACAGGUUGAUUUAUAGCUUGAUACGACCCAUUUAUUAUCCAUUUUAUAAACGGGUUGAAAAACAGGUUGAGAAAUAGGUUAGCACGACCCAUUUAUCACCCAUUUUAUAAAUGGGUUGAAAAACAGGUUGAGAAAUAGGUUAACACGACCCAUUUAUCACGCCAUUUUAUAAACGGAUUGGCAAGUAAUCAACGGGUUGACACGACACAUUUACGACUUGUUUAAUAAACGGGAUAGUCGUGUCGUAUUAACCUACCAAUAUACAGGUCGUGUUUGGGUUUUGUUAUUCGACACGAAUAAUAAACGGGUUGUGUUCGUGUCAGUCUUAACCGUGUCAACUGAGGGGGUCAACACGAUACGAGCACGACCCGUUUAUCUCAUGUUUCUAAAAAUGAUUUUUUAUCGUUUUCAUUUUCUCCAUUGGAUUUCCUUUGACUUCUCUUCGAAAUCGCCGAUCUCCCUCUCAUCUUCUCUCCACAUUCGAUGUUCUGAGCUCAUCUCUUUUCACGUUGAAGUCGCUUGAUCUGAUCUCAUCUUCUCUCGUCGCCUGAUCUGAUCAUGAAUUUGUUGAAGGUUUUUUCUUGAUCGGCGAAUUUCCGGCCCUCCUCAACCAAAUCAACCGAGGUGGUACUGUAAACCCAAGAAGUUGAAAAACAUCUUCAAUGGAAGUUAAAAGCAUUGUAGCUGGACUUUUCUCAAACACAACAACCAAUUCAAUUCAGACCCCCAAGAAACCAUUCUCUGCAUUCUUUGUUCCUCCUUCCACCAUUUCCUCUGUUCAACUCCAAAAACGGUUCUUUAGUUACCUUUACAAAGUCGCUCUUUCCACUUCACAGCGGGUUUGCCAUAGCAAGAAGAUAAGAAUAAGAGAAUGUAGAAGAAACCUCGUGGUUGAAUUAGCUUCAGACAAAGAUUUAAGAAGUGAGGUUCGACGGAGAAAGCUCGCGGUUUUCGUUUCCGGUGGAGGAUCCAACUUCCGCUCCAUUCACGAGGCUUCCCUUAAGGGAUUGAUUCUUGGAGAUGUUGUUGUGCUAGUCACUAACAAACGUGGAUGUGGAGGUGCUGAGUUUGCAAGAGAGAAGGGUAUCCCAGUUAUUUUGUUCCCCAAAACGAAAGAUGAACUUGAUGGAUUAUCCCCAACUGACCUUGUAGCUGCCCUUAGGGAAUUUGAGGUUGACUUUGUCCUCCUAGCAGGAUACCUAAAACUCAUACCAGUUGAGCUCAUCCGUGCUUAUCCGAAAUCAAUUAUCAAUAUCCAUCCAUCACUUCUUCCGGCUUUUGGAGGUAAAGGUUAUUACGGUAUGAAGGUGCACAAAGCAGUAAUUGCUUCUGGAGCAAGAUUCUCAGGUCCCACAAUACAUUUUGUCGAUGAGCACUAUGACACUGGUCGUAUUCUUGCUCAGAGUGUUGUCCCUGUGCUUCCCAACGAUACUGCAGAGGUGCUAGCAGCGAAGGUUCUUAGGGAGGAACACAGUUUGUAUGUGGACGUGGUGGCGGCAUUAUGCGAAGAUCGGGUAUUGUGGAGGGAAGACGGUGUUCCUCUCAUCCAGAGCAAAGAGAAUCAGAACGAGUAUAGAUAGCACGAAUAGCAUUUUGUUACCCAAACGGCGAAAAUGCUCGAGAUUUGGGUUCCUGUAUUGUAGAGGAAGGGUACACAUGACAUGACCACCGUUGUCAAUAAGAAAAUAGUACAAGUUUUGAAGCACUCCACCAUCAGCGGUUCCAUUUUUGACUAGUAUCAUCAAUAUUUGUAUUUUAAAGUUUGAUUUUAAACAAGCAUAGUUUAGAUUCUAGGGUGAAAAUUAUUUAAAUUUCGAUAACAUGUUUGGCUCUAAUUUAUUCAUUAAUUGUGACAUGUUGUCGCUAAUAUUCAGGGUUACAAUUGGCAGUAACGUGGCCAAAAAAAGAUAGAAAUUUUGGCAGUUUCUUAGAAAUUAGUUCUAGAAAAUUCUACAUUUUUUUGCGACGACGUGUAUGAAUUGUCGUUGGAAAUAUUAGUUCUAAAAAAUUCUUCCAACCAUGAAUAG